CCCUACCCUUGCUUUGAGGCGGCUUGUUAAUCUUACUGUUUAUUUGUUCGCGACUUUAAAUUGUCGGAAUUUUGUGAUGCGAACUGGGGAUAUUUCACAGUCAAAACGACUCUCAUACACCUUUUAAAAAACUUGCGUGACAAAAUUAUCUGUCUACUUUAAACUCUAUUGUAUAUUCUAGCUCGCAUCAUGUUAUCUAUGAAGCAUUUGUUAAAGCGCCGAUUACUCAUUUUGGGUUUCUAUUUUUUGUUUGGCUUUACGAAGUUCGCCUCACUCUACCUUUAUUCACACAGUGGUAGAUCCUCUUAUGUUAACGACUACACGUUGUCCGCAAGCAUAUCUGAUCAAUCGUUUCACCAAAUGGAUGCUCAAGUGUCAUGGGCGAGCAGGAAAUUGAUGGGAAUACAAGUUGUUCGUCCUCCUCCGUCGAUGAACUGUACUCCGCUAGCUAUUGAUAACUUUCCGAAAGACGUAUUCACUCAGUCUCAGCGGCAGUACGGAGCCGUUAUAAUUCACUUCUUUGUCUCGAUAUAUAUGUUUGUUGGCCUUGCACUACUUUGUGAUGAAUACUUCAUUCCUGGUUUGGAGAGGAUUUGUGAAGUUCUGAAUCUCCAACCAGAUGUUGCUGGGGCAACCUUUAUGGCUGCUGGUAGUUCUGCUCCUGAACUAGCAACCACUUUAGUUGGAGUUUUCAUCGCGAAGGAUGACAUUGGUCUUGGAGCAGUUGUUGGUUCUGCUGACUUCAACAUUAUGUUGGUCAUCAGUGUGAGCGCACUUUUCGCAAAGCAGGUGAUUUACCUUAACUGGUGGCCAUUGGUACGUGAUUCAGCUGUCUAUUUAUUAUCGAUUAUCCUCUUAGCAUGGGUAAUCUGCGAUGGAUUCAUUUAUUGGUACGAAUCAACAGUACUUAUUAUAGUUUACUGUUUAUAUGUGUUAUUAAUGUACUACAAUCCACGGGUUGAUGCAUUUUGGCGUGUAUGGUGUCGUGAACAUCCAACUUGUUGUCCACGUGCAAUACACACUGAUCAAGAAGAACACGAUUUAAUUCAACAGCAUACUGGUGCAUUUGGACAUGCUUCAAUGGCAAUUGAUAAUAAGUCAUUAACACCAUCAAAUGUUGUCAUCAUUGAUCAUGAAGUGACUCAGGUGAAAAGUGUUCAUGCUAGUUAUAAACGUUUUGAGGAAGAAGAAGAUGACUACUUCACGGAGAAGACAGGAAAUCCAAUCGCUGAUAAUAUGGUUGGUCAACGUCAACAACCACAACACAACGAUGCAUUAAACGAUGUAGAAACACAAAUUCGUUCAGGUGAUGACGCUGUUGAAUCUUGGUAUGAUACAUGCUUUGCUCCAUUGAAAUUACCUGGACAUGAAGGUGUACGUGGAAAAAUCCGCUAUGCUUUUUGUCUUUUCCUCUGGCCAUUACGUUGUGUUCUCUGCUUAACUGUUCCUGAUGUACGCAAAGCUAGAUGGAGACAAAUUCCAGCUUCGCAUUGGUUAUCUUUCUUUAUGUCAUGUGUAUGGAUUGGUAUCUUCACUGUUAUAAUGAUGUGGAUGAUAACAGUUAUCGGUGUUACUCUUCACAUUCCGGAUACUAUCAUGGGAUUAACAUUUAUUGCCGCUGGAUCCAGUGUUCCAGAUGCUAUUGCUUCAGUGCUUGUUGUUCGUGAAGGUGAAGGUGAUAUGGCAGUCUCCAAUGCUGUAGGAAGCAAUGUGUUUGAUAUAUUAAUCUGUAUGGGAUUACCAUGGUUAAUGAAAUCAAUUAUUUCUCAAGCGCCAGUUAUUAUUUACUCUCGAGGUUUGCUUUAUUCAACGUUAACAUUAUUUACCACUGUUAUUUACCUAUUAGUAGCAACACAUAUCAAUCGUUGGCGAUUAACUAAACCCUAUGGAUAUGCUUUAUUAUUUGGUUAUGUAAUUGUCCUCAUCUUCUGUAGUCUCUAUGAGUUGAAUUAUUUUGGAACUGUUCAUCUGCCUGCAUGUCCAUUGAUUGAAUAAAAAAUGCAUCUUUAUUGUCAAGGAAGAUUAAUCUAAUUAAUCAAUAACUUUUAAGAUUAAACAAACAAUAAAGAAAAAUUUCCCCUACUCCACCUCAACUGCCUCCUCGUCGACAUCAUGUGUUCUUAUUAUCUCCUGUAAGCAGUGGGGGGGUGGAGGUAAGAGGUAGGAAGUCUCACACUCAACCAGUUCUCUUCUUUUUCUCUCCUUCUUGGGUUUUUCCUCUGAAUAAAAAAAAAAUAAAACUUACUUGCCUACAGCAUUCAUCUUUUUUUCUUUCUUUUGUAAACAUUAAAAAUCAAGUAAAUUACACAGAUUUCAAUUGAUUAUUAUCUAACUGAGAGACUUGGCGGCUCAUUUGUUUCUUUCAGUCUCCAGUAUAUUUACAUAUUUUACCCUGCUGUCUUUUACAACAGUAUAUAUCUCAUUAUAUGGUGUAAUCUGAGAAACUUAUAUAUAUGAUAUGAUAUUCUUUGACAAAAAAUACAUCCUACUUCCCGCCCCCCCCCUGUACUUACUAACACAACUUGUUUUAGGUCAUUUAUUAUUCUGUGCAUUUCAUUGGUUUAUUAUAUGAUAUGAUCAUUUUCAACAAUCUGUACUACAUUCUUCCCUAUAUUUAUUUAUAUAUUAUCAAAUAUACUACUUAUUAUCAUGUUUAUUUAGUCAAAUUAUUAUUUCUGUUAUUUCAUGAAUUCUUUGUGUUCCCCCCAGUGG